UUUUAUUGAACACCACCUAAGUAGGUAAAGUUAUGAUUAUUUUAUUUGGAAUGUUUUUGUUUCCUUUACAAUUAUGUAAUACCUUAAAUAUUUUUUUACAGUUCUGAAAUACAUAAUGGAAAGAUAUGAUAAAGUUCUAGCAGAGAUUAGUGUUGCUACAAGUGAAUUAAAGAUAACUUCUGUACAGGAGGUGUUAAAGUUGUCCAAACAAAAUGUCAAUAUCACCCAAGACUUCUGGGAUAAAGUGUCAGAAAUAUUAUGGACUCAUUUACAAACUGGAUUUAAAAUAUUUGAUGACCAGUUACUUUGUGCCACAUGCUUUUUCACAGUAUUACCACGUACAAACAAACAAGAUAUUUAUUUAACACAACUCCUUCAAAUGAUUGACAAGGAAUUAAUCAUCAAAAAAGAUAAUGCUGAAAAGUCCCCUAAAACUUGUAAUGUGGUGUCAAUGAUGUAUGGAAUAUAUCAAUCAACGUUCCUUACACAAAAAUCUUAUAACAAUGUUCCCCAAAUUACAUCUGUCCUAAACUCAAUUUAUGAAUUGUUACUCUUAAUGGGUUAUGAGUACUCUCAGUAUACAUUCAUAUCUUUCAAAACUAUGAAAUUAUAUAAAAAGGUUCAAGGCACAGUUUUUCAAGACUGCAUCUUCAAUAGAGAAAAGCAAAUAAAAUUGCUCAACUUUGUCAAUCAUAACUGGGAGAAUCCAGUAACUGGUAUUAGAGACUUGAACAGGAGCAUAUUUCAGAUUCUGUUAUCAGUACUAGAUGAUGAACUGUAUGAUACUCUGCUUAAGGAAGUCAAUGGCUUCUACUGGAACAAAGCAAAGUAUUUAAUGCUUUCAGAAAUUAUUGAACACAAAAAUAAAAACCUGUUCUCAUUGGCACAUGAUUAUCUUUGGGUUGAUGGCCUAAUAUACAGUCUACACAAGCCAGGUUUAGUUUCUGCUGGUGCCGAUAUGUACUACGCAUUGCUCAAACAAACCAACUUUGACACUGAAUGGUGUAAAUUAUUUCUAGACCCAGUUAUUAAAAUGUUGAAUGGUUCGAGCAGCAAAGCAAUUGAGAACUUUCAUAACUUCUGGUGUCUAAUAACUAUGAAGAAGUUUCCUACAGUUCCUCAAAUAUUAAUCAAUGAAUUGAAAGAACAUAUUGCUACAGAGCAAAAUCUGUGCAGUCAGUUGUGUGUAAUGAAACAAGCUAAUAAACUUAGUCUUCUUGAAAAAGAUUGGAGUUCCUCUGAAGAUUUUGGACAUAUAGAAAAGACUACCUUAAUUGGAAUAGGACACUGUAAUUACUACAUGAGAAUGUUAGCAUUUGAUAUUGUCUGCGUCUCGCAAAAGAAGUUAGUCCCAAGUCAGCUAGAGUAUGAUUUAAUAUUGGACUUUUUAUAUGAAAAUGUGAAUUCAGACUGCACUGUAUUGAGGUUGAGCAUGCUAAACAGUCUUAACAAUUUCUUAACGCAAUUGCAUUCCGUAUUUUUAAAUGUAAUGGUUCAAGAAGAUAAUACAGAAGACUUGUUGGAAUUUUGUAAAAAAAUGCAGAAUUUCAUUGUUGACUCAUUGAAAUUGAAUGGUAACUACCAAAGGAAUAUUACAUGUGUGAAACUAUGCAAUGCUAUUAUAAGUUGUUUUAGUGAAAUACCAAACAAGAAAAAAGGUCAAACUAGACAGGCAAACAUAACUUUGAUUGAGUAUGUAAAGAAAAAAGGAUGUUGGCUUCUAUCUGCUGAUGAAUUUGUUUUGAAGCUCGUAAGCUUACUGAGAUCGCCUACGGAUGAUGUCAGAGAAAAUGCGAUAAGGCUUCUGCAAAACCACUUCUCUGAAGAAUUAAGAAAACCGAAUAUUAUGCAACACUUGGUAGAUGGCGCUCUAAGUAGCAUGAAGAGCAAGUUCUUUUAUGUAAUAAGUUGUGGCCAGAGCAUGUUUAAAUUAAUAACUUAUUUAAUAAUAAGAGAUAAACAUUCGAUAGCAGAGUACAAGAAUGUGGAGGACAUUUUUUAUUUUGCAUAUAAUCAAUUAAUUUCUGAACACAAUGCAAAAACAAACAUCAUGAAAUCCAUUGAAACAGGAAAACAAUUACACUCUUUUAUGAAUAUUCUGCUUGUUGUAAUAGAGACUUGCAUUAUACAUUCCUAUAAAAUCAACAUUCAUAGUAAUAUGCUGGAAUUUGUGAAUGUUAUGGGAAGUAUAUCCAAUCAAUUUGCAUGGGAGGAGGAAAGUUCAACAAGUUCAGAUUUUUCAAAAAUGAAUGAGAUGGUAGAAAACAUUAUAGGCAACUCUGGUGUUAGCCUUGGUGAUGAUACUGAUCACACCAAAAUAUCUGGUUACCACCAGAUUGUAUUGAACUCUCUUUGGUUGAAUGUGAAGGCUUCAUCAGACUUGGCAUCUAUUUUGGUGCAACUGAACGAGAAUGAUGCCAGUGUGUGUGAGAAAUGUUUGAACAUAAUAACUCACGUUUUGGAGACUUCUCGGCACAAAGGAGCCAUUGAAGCAGCAGGAGCUUCUCUUGGAAAAGCCAUUCAAUAUUUGACGUCUUUACCUGAAGAAAAUGAAGCUUCUGAAGUACCCAACAAGUUACUGAAAUGUAAACUCAAUGAUUUGAUAUCCGAGACGAAUAAGAUGGCGUCUAUUACGAGAAGGGGUGCUGGCCUUUCUAUUAUGGUACACAGAAUUGUUUCGAGUGAUAUGAAGAAGGGAAAACCGUUAUUCCAUUACUUCAUAAACACCCUAUUAGAAGUCUGUAACGCCACAAGGGACACUCCAAAGAAAAAUGAUGAGAACCAGAUAGACUUGCCAAAAGCUAUCUAUAUUCAUUUUAUGACGAGAAUUGUAACAGACAGCAGUUUGGCUUCAGACAUGAUGUUUUAUUUUGCUAAAUUAGCUGAACUUGCUUUUGCUAACCUUACUAGUCCACAUUGGCAAAUCAGAAAUGCAGCUCUGCAGUUGUAUGGGGCCUUAAUUCCAAAACAAAUAGGUGAGAAGAAAGCUUCAGGCAGUGAUGAACAAACAACAGCAACAGUGGCUUGUGAUGAGCUGCGAACACAUUCACCAAAGCUAUGGAAAUACAUCAUGCUACAGUUGAAAUUAAACCAUGGGCCUGAUACAGUGCAAUCUCACUCAAACUUAGUACCUAUUUUAAAUUUAGUGGCAAACAGUGCAAAGAGAUACAGCUUUUCUUAUGAUAUAGCAGACAAGAAAGCUAGUGAUGAUGAAUUAUUGAAAAACUUGUUUCUGCUCCUCAACAGCCCUCUACAUACAGUCAGAAGAUUGACAGCCAAAUGUAUAUUUAACAUUCAUGCUUUUGAGGACAUACAUAAUGUAUUACUGAACCAUACUUGUUUGUCUGAAAAUUAUUUACAUGGCAGUCUAAUUUUGAUCAACCUUUGCCAUAAAUAUUAUUCACCAAAUAAGGCAUAUGAAGAGCACUUUGAAAGAUUGAGAAACAAGUACAAAGAAAUAUUUUGUAACAGAAACCACUCAUAUCUUAGCAAAAGACUAUAUGAAGAUAUUUUUGUAAACAAUUUUAAUUUUGAAGGUAUUGAGAAAACUAUAUUUGAGCUGAAUGAUAAUCUGCACUCGCCAGGUGUAAAUCUGUGGGCUGAAGCAAGACUAAAAAAGUUUAUAAACGUGUGUUCAUGGGAUGAAAUAUUAGCACUGUUGAAAAUUAUUUUAAAACAAAGUCAUUAUGAAAAGUACAUUGAAUUUAUAUUCCUGAGAAUUAAAACCAACCAUGCAGAAAAGGAAGUUCUAUUGAAGAUGGUUGAAGUUUUGCUAUCUUUUGAAAAUAAAUUUUGUAGCUGUAUUACUUGGAACAUACUGUAUGAAAUAUCACUGCAAACUGAUUUAUCUGGUUACUUAGAUGCAGAGGAGCUCCUGAAAAAUAUAUGUGAAAAAGAAUCAAUAUACAUAUUAAGAUACAUUAUUCCAUUAUUGGCAAGGAACAUUUCUAGUAUCUCCAAUGAUAAUAAGUUGAUUUUGAUGAAAAUUAUUCAGAAGUUAAGUAACUUUGAUAAUUCUGAUGUUGAUAUGAGAUGUAUAGCAGCAACAGCUAACAAUGAAGUUGCAAAUGAAUUUUAUGAGUUACCCGAUUCAACUAAAGUUACUUCAACCAAAUGUGCAAUAAUGCUCUUGCAAGAUGAAGAUGAGGAUGUAAGAAACUUAAGUGUACACUUUUAUCAUAGAUUAAGUAAAGAUGAAGUAGUUGUGCAACCAUAUAUUUGUUUAAGAAAUAUUUUAAAUAGCCAAUUUUUGAGUAAAAUGUUUGGGUCUGAAAUAUUAGUUAAGAAAUUAUUAGAAGAACUAUCAGAAAUAUUAAAUGUACAAUCAAGCCAAGUCAUUGAUGAAUACAAUCCUUUUGCAAAUAAUUCCAAAAAUAUUUACUUUGAACCAGAUGUACUUAGACAAAUGAUUGAAAACUUAAACACUGUGUAAUACAUAAAUAAAUCAUUGCCUAUCUUACUAAAA